GGGCUUCUCUCUCCGUCCCUCGUUGUGCGUCCCCGCCCCUGGUCACCCAUCGCUCGCUGCUGGUAUCCGACACCCUGCAAUAUCAAGGCCUGGAGCCCUCUCCACCCAAGAAUGCCUCCUCCACUCCUCAUCAAAAUCGGCGGUGCAGCGAUCACCAACAAGUCUGCCGUCGAGACCAUCGAUCACGACCGGUUCCAGGCCCUGAUCCGUUUCGUUGCUGCUCAACACCACCGCUCGACAAGCAUCCGCUGGCCCAGCAACGUCUCUGGUUCACCAUUCCCGCAGCCAUCGUCGCUUCUCCUCGUCCACGGAGCCGGCUCCUUUGGACAUCACAUCGCCAAAGAGCACGGACUGAAGGGCACGAACUCGUAUGCUGUCGUUGCGGAAGAACAGCCCCGACAGCUCGACACCGCCCUGCGUCUGGGGAUGGCUGCAACCCGCACCUCGGUCCGCAAGCUGAACGGACUGAUUGUCGAGGAGCUGGUCCGGCAUGGCGUGCCGGCAAUCGGGAUCACUCCGGGAUUGCUGGUGAAGUCGAGUCGGGGCCAGAUCCACGAACUCAAGCGGCUCUAUGCAGCCGUGCAUGAGACGCUCCGGCAGGGAAUGGUUCCGGUCCUGCACGGCGACGUCGUUGCCGAUGACGCUUAUGGAGCCGUGGUCUGGAGCGGCGACGACAUUGUCAAGGAGCUCGCGCUGUUCGAUCCCGACCAAAUCCCGCCUCGCUGCUGCUUUGUGACCGACGUCGAGGGGGUCUUUGAGCGCUACCCUCUCGCAGACGGCGAGAUCCCUUGUGUGGUUUCUCGAAUUCGAGUCGAUCGGUCGAGUGGCGAGAUUGUCGAGCCGGCAGCGCUCGCCGUCGGCAAUGGCUCCGAGGCGGUCGCUGGCCCAAGGGCAGAUGUCACCGGCGGGAUGCGAAACAAGAUGCAGGCAGCCAUCGACAUGGUCCGAGGAGGAGUACAGUGUGUGCAGAUUGUGGGCCACCCGACCAUCGUAAACGAUGCAGGGGCCGCCUGGGAGUCGCUCCGAGGAACCCGGAUAGAGGCCGCCAUUUGAGCCGCUGGCUUCGAAUGCGCCGAUCUGGGAGGCCGCCUCCUGCAAUAUACGGGAUAUUAUGCAGUCCAACUGUGAGCUGGAUUCGAGCCCUCUCCUCAAGCACCAGCCACUCGGUUCUGAUGGAUUGCCUCGACGCUUCAACUUGGGUGUCCCGCUCUGGCAAGCUGUGUAUUUUCGUUAUUGCAACACGAGAC